UUUCCCAAGAUUUCAUUGCAAACUAAGUGAGCUGUUCAAUCAUGAAGCUUGGUGACCAGUUCCCGAACUUUGAAGCUGAAACAAACGAGGGUCCCAUCAAAUUCUACGAUUGGCUUGGGGAUUCGUGGUGUAUGUUUUUCUCCCAUCCGGCUGAUUUCACACCGGUAUGCACUACAGAACUUGGACGAGCUGCGGAACUACACUCAGAAUUCCAGAAACGAGGAAUCAAACUAAUUGCCAUGUCGUGUGAUCCGGUUGAAUCUCACCAAGGUUGGAUUAAGGAUAUCGAAGGACUUUCCUCGAGUUUGAACGAAGGUGAUUUCAAGAUUCCUAUAAUUGCGGAUCCGAAGCGUGAAUUGGCUGUGAAGUUUCAAAUGCUGGACCCUGAUGAAAUUGAUAAGGAGGGCAUUCCGCUCCCUGCAAGGGCUGUUUUCAUUAUUGGACCCGACAAGAAGUUGAAACUUUCAAUUCUUUAUCCUGCUACAACUGGGAGAAACUUUGUGGAGCUUUUGCGUGUCAUUGAUUCCCUGAAAUUGACGGCUGCGAAGAAAGUAGCCACGCCGGCCGAUUGGAAGAUGGGGGAUCCAGCGAUGGUUGUUCCGUCUUUGUCAAAAGAAGAGGCGGACAAACUAUUCCCAAAUGGCUAUGAGCUCAAGGAAGUUCCGUCUGGGAAACAAUAUUUGCGGAUGACGACUGAUUACCAGUGAAUGGACCGCAAAUCGCCUUUUUGGACAAGAAAUUGGGCCUAAAUGCUGUCGUACUUUUCGUUCAUUUUUGCUGCUUGCACGGCUUUGGGGAAACUUUUCCGGUCUGAUAUGAAACAUGUUGAUAUUUGGUGGCUUUUAUUGAAAAGAGCCGUUAUUUUUCCUCAAACUGGUCAAAAGGAUUUGUGUGGAUAAAAAUGAUGAACAAUCGCGUUGAUAUUUUCUAGACGUUCGUUGAGAUGCUUCGGGAUGUUAACAUGCUUCCAGGAAAGGGAAAUACAGUACACAAAAGUAUACAGUGUUGUCA